GGGCCACAAGUCCCCGGCAAGGGGCACCAGCCAGGGCCACCACCCUGUGGCGGGGACUCAGGGCUCGGGGAGACGCCGGUGUCUCACGGCCCCUCCGUCCCUCCCGGCCGGGCAGAGCCCCGGCGCGGCAGCCGCGGCCCGCUCCGCCCCUGAGCCCGCCGCGCCGGGCGGGGCGGGCCGGCCCUGCUCGCUAUUAAAGCCGAGGCGCUCGGCUCGGCCGCGGAGCUGCUGCUGCUGGCGCGGCCAUGGCGAGCUACGUGCAGCUCAACACCGGGGCCAAGAUGCCCAUCCUGGGGCUGGGCACCUGGAAGUCGCAGCCAGGGAAGGUGACAGCUGCGGUGACGGCUGCCAUCGAUGCCGGGUACCGCCACUUCGACUGUGCCUAUGUGUACCAGAAUGAGAACGAAGUUGGGGAAGGGAUCCAGAAGAAAAUCAAGGAAGGCGUUGUGAAACGAGAGGACCUCUUUGUUGUCAGUAAGCUGUGGUGCACGUUUCAUGAGAAGCAUCUGGUGAAGGGAGCCUGCCAGAAGACUCUUGCUGCCCUGAAACUGGAUUACUUGGAUCUGUACCUCAUCCACUGGCCUCUUGGUUUCAAGGCAGGAGAGGACCUGUUCCCUGUAGAUGAGAAAGGCAUGGCUAUCUCCAGCAACACAGAUAUUCUGCAGACAUGGGAGGCCAUGGAAGAGCUGGUGGAUGCUGGCCUGGUAAAAGCCAUUGGCAUCUCCAACUUCAACCAUGAGCAGAUUGAAAGAAUCUUGAACAAGCCAGGACUGAAGUACAAACCUGCAAAUAAUCAGGUGGAGUGUCAUCCAUACCUUACCCAGGAGAAGCUGAUCAAGUACUGCCAAUCCAAGGGGAUUGCUGUGACAGCAUACAGCCCCCUUGGCUCUCCUGACAGACCAUGGGCUAAGCCAGAGGAUCCUUCCCUGCUGGAUGACCCCAAGAUCAAGGAAAUUGCAGCCAAGCACAAUAAAACCCCAGCACAGGUUCUCAUCCGGUUCCACAUCCAGAGAAAUGUGGUUGUGAUCCCCAAAUCUGUCACACCGCAGCGCAUUGUGGAGAACUUCCAGGUGUUUGACUUUGAAUUGACUAAAGAGGAGAUGGCAACUAUUCUCAGUUUUAAUAGAAACUGGAGAGUCUGCGAAAUGUUAAUGUGCAAAACUCACAAGGGCUACCCUUUCAAUGCAGAAUACUGAAGAUGGUUCCCUGCCUUUCUCCAGGCUUCCCAGAUAUGCUUCUGCUGUUGUCUUUGAGUGUGUAGCUUUUUCACUGCAUCAGAGACCCCUCCACACCCCCAUUUUUUUGCCUUCUUUUUUCUCCACAAAGAUGCAGUCUAUGUACUCUGUGACUCUGUGCUGUUUUCUUUUUUGGAAAGAAGGAAAUGCUGCAAUGGUUCUGAAGAGCACACUGUGUGGACUAGUAGAUUUUCUUUGCCAAAAAGCAAGUCUGGAAUUGGUAAGCAGAAAGCAUUGAGCAAGUUUGAGCAAGUACACACUUUUAUUUUGGAAUACUGUGAUUUGGAGCUAGCUAUUGUUGUCUGGAAGGACCAGGAUAUUGGCAGAUGUUGCAUAAUGAGAUCUGCUUUUUUUUUUCCAGUUACAAUUGGGGUUGAUUUUGUUUCUUUGUAACACUCCAUACCUUUUUUUCCCCCUCUAAUUGGAAGUAUAAGUUGAUUUCUAAGUGAUUUCCACAUGGGUAGCUCUUAAAGUGUAUAGAUCCUGGUUUCUUGGUGAUAUAAAAGCUGUUUUGCUUAUAAUAAAAUACAGUUUCAUUACUGUG